AGUUCCCCCCUCUGGUGAAACCCUGUCUGAUUUGUGGGCAAUGUUGGGAUGUAAAAAAAAAAGGAAAUCGGAGCAAAGAGAGAGAGAGAGCGAGAGAGAGAAAGAGAGAGAGAGGAGGGAGAGAAAGAGAUCGAGAGAGGGAGACAACACUAACUGGGUAGCUAUGGAGAUAGUAGCUUUUCCUGCUAGCUUUCUUUGACAGGUGCCGAGUGGGAUAAAAUAAAGUCGCCGAGCAGCUGCCACGAUGUACGGCAAGGGCAAAGGAGCUGUGGUCCCCUCAGACAGCCAAGCGAGAGAAAAGUUGGCGUUGUAUGUGUACGAGUAUCUGCUACACGUGGGCGCACAGAAGUCGGCACAGACCUUCCUGUCUGAGAUCCGAUGGGAGAAGAACAUCACAUUAGGGGAGCCCCCUGGAUUUCUCCAUUCGUGGUGGUGCGUAUUCUGGGACUUGUACUGUGCAGCUCCAGACCGAAGGGAGACGUGCGAGCACUCCAGCGAGGCCAAGGCCUUCCAUGACUAUAGCGCAGCAGCAGCGCCCAGCCCGGUGAUGGGCAACAUGCCCCCCAACGAUGCCAUGCCAGGCGGUCCCAUGCCUCCAGGCUUCUUCCAGGGACCGCCCGGCUCUCAGCAGUCCCCCCACGCACAGCCCCCCCCACACAACCCAAGCAACCCCAUGAUGGGACCCCAUGGCCAGCCUUUCAUGUCACCACGGUACCCGGGUGGACCGCGCCCCGCUCUUCGAAUGCCAAAUCAGCCUCCAGGUGGAAUCCCGGGAUCUCAGCCUCUUCUGCCAAACAGUUUGGACCCCACACGGCCGCAAGGACAUCCUAACAUGGGCGGUCCAAUGAGGAUGAACCCUCCUCGAGGAAUGGCCAUGGGCCCACAGAAUUACGGGGGCAUGAGACCUCCCCCCAACUCCAUGGGUGGCCCCAUGCCAGGGAUGAACAUGGGUCCAGGAGGAAGAGGGCCAUGGCCCGGGCCUAAUGCUAACUCAAUAGCAUACUCCUCCUCAUCUCCAGGAAACUACGUGGGUCCACCAGGUGGCGGAGGUCCACCCGGAACUCCCAUCAUGCCCAGCCCAGGUGACUCCACGAACUCCAGUGAAAACAUUUACACCAUGAUGAAUCCUAUUGGACCCGGAGGCAACAGACCCAAUUUCCCAAUGGGACCGGGGCCUGACGGGCCAAUGGGCGCUAUGGGAGCCAUGGAGCCGCACCACAUGAACGGAUCGCUUGGAUCUGGAGACAUGGAUGGCUUGCCAAAGAGUUCUCCUAACAACAUGGGGGGCAUGAGCAACCCUCCCGGAACGCCGCGAGACGACGGCGAAAUGGGCGGCAACUUCUUGAACCCAUUCCAAAGCGAAAGUCCCUCCGGAGCAGCCCUGGAGCACGCUGGGACUCUAAUCAAGACGGGCCCUCCGGGAGCGUGCAAGAUGGCCACCGGCCCGAGCAGGAAGCUGUCACAGAGCAACAGGAAGAGCCUCUUCUCGAAUUCGGGCCCGAGCCUCCCCGGCUUCCUGUCUGCUUCGAGACAAUGAGGACGAACUGGAGGGUGGGAAAGGAGACCGAAUGAGGACACAAUGUUGGCUCUCUUCAGCAGCUGUCUGGAUACUUCAUCGGACUUUUUCAAAGUUCUUUUUAAACGUGAUGUUCCCAACAGAUUGGACGCAGGGUCUGCUGACAGGACCUCACCGACCCUUGACAUUAUUCUCUCUGUGUGUACAUUUUGAACAGAGGUGUUGUGAUGAUCCGUGAAUUUUAGUUUUUUCCCCCUAUUUUGUGUAUGUAUUGUAUCAUUGCUAUUUUUAUUAUUAUUGUAUUAUUGUUAUUAAUUAUAUUGCUAUGGUCAUUUUUAAAGAUUAGGAUCUAUUUUUGUUUUGUUUUUAUUUUAAGGGCACAUUACUUUGAAGACAGCGUAACAUCACUGGCUAACGAAAAACAUGUAUCUCCAAUUUUUUUUUUUUUUUUUUUUUUUGGUUUUUAUUCCAAACAACUUUUUUUUUUUUUUAUAAACAUGUAAAAAAAAAAAAAAUUGUUCGGAACAUUUUUUUAACGUCACUUGAUAAUGAACACAUUUAAUUUUUUUAUUCCAAAAAUUUAUCAUCAGCAUGAGUUAUCAUCAUUAUGAUUCCGUAAAUUUCUUAUUGCUUAUCUUUUGGGGGAUAAAAAUGCACCAGAAAUUUUGAGAAAUGUACAACUGUCUGGAGGAUUUUACAUUUUUUUGCAUAACAUCACUUGCUAAUGAAAACAUGUAUCUCCAAAUUAGUUUUUUUAUUUUAAAAAAAAAAAUCUUUUUUUUUUUUUUUUUGGGAUCAAGAUAAAUAGCCAAUACACCCGAAAUUUUAAUAAAUAUUUAAUUUUCAGGAAGAUUUUUUUCCCCAUAACACCACUUCAUAAAAACAUGUCCAGUAUCUCUAAAUUAUUUUUUUAAUUGUUUUUUUUUAACAAACAUACAAAUCUGGAUAAAUAUACAGUAGUCUAGAAGUUUAAUUGUUUUUUUUUAUUUAUUCAUUUUUUAUUGCGUAAUGUCACUUACAAAUGAAAACAUUUGUCUCCAACUUGUGUUUUCUGUUUAUUCUAAAAUGCUCUUUUUUAACUUCACAAAUGUGGAUAAAAACACUUUUUUGUUAAAUUACAAGAAAACGUGGAGUUACAUGCUUUUCCUGGUCAGCUACAACAAAUCCAAACUUUAAUGAUGUGAGCUCACUGCCCCCUGCUGGUAAGACUACGGUAUAGCCAUCACUUGGCCUACUGUUUUGUUUGCUUUGUUUGUUUGUUUGUUUUAAACUCAACAACACAAAUCCAAACCUGAUGUUUCAUGUUAACGAAAGAAAUGCACAGCUCUAUUUAUUUAUGGACUUUUCUUUUUGUUGAUUGUUUACUUUGACUUGAGAGUCAUGGUUACAUUUUGAAAGUGUUAUUCUCGUAGUAGCAACUGUGUAAAUAUGCAGAUCCAGUCAGCACUGUGUCCUCAUCUGUGUGAUGUCACCCACAUCCUCCCUAAAAUGGUACUGACAACCCCCCCACCCCAGUCACACAUGCUGCUCACGUCACUUUUGGUCUGUCUUUGUUUGUAUUUGGACAUUUUUCUUUGACGUUAGUCCUCAUCUCGCAGUGAUGUCAUUGGUUUCUGCUUAUAUCUGUCUGGGUCCGGGGGGCGGCCUCGUGGUAGCAACGCUCUAUGUCGGCUCGCAGAGACGCUUGGGUGCCCCCCCCUUAUGACGUAGUUUUUGUUGAAGUUAGCUAACCGGGGUCCGGGUGGGGGCGGCGGCAGUCGCAGUCAGCGUCCCCUUUCAGAUUCUCUCCCAUCGUUUUUUUGUUUUGUUUUGUUUUUGUAAAUACUGUACAAUGCAUUUUGAUAUCAUUGACAUGUUUUGAUAUUUCAAAUGACAGUCGGAACAGAAACUUGGAAUGGGGGCGGGAGACAACUCUUGCUUGUCCCACUUUGUCUUUGAGGGGGACUUUUAAACGGACGCACGCAAAUUCUCUGAGAACACUUUUAAAGGGCGCACUCACACCGGAGCAUGUCAAGCGUGCUGGACUUGGGCGGCACUCACACUGCUCUGUAGCAUUGAAGUGGGCCGUCACUUCAUGACACAACGCUGUAUUGAAACAACUUUCCUGACUUGGUGGCUUAUUUUCAGCCAUGUUCAUUUAUAAUGUUGGCACUGCCACCCUAUUAAUCCUGUGAUCCACAUACCGCAUGUGUUCAUGUGUGAGCGAACGAGCGUAUCGUCUGUUUUGACUUUGUGGGUUAUUUCGAGUCAUUCUGUUUAUUUUUUAUCAUGGACUAUAUCGUUUAUCAUUAUUACCUGGCAGGAAACGCAUAAUUUCAUUAAUUAUGCCCCUCUCUGUGCGCUUGUGUGCCAUCGUCUUUAACUUUGUGGAUUAUUUUGAGUCAUUCUGUUUCUUUGUAACAUGCAAGGUGACUGAUUGUCAUUAGCAACUGGCAGGAGGAACGACCACAUAAUAUAUCAUAUAGUUAUUAUAAUUAUAUGACACGUCUACAUUGUGCACGAGCGACCGAACCAUCAGAUUUGACUUUGUGGAUUAUUUUGAAUCAUUCUGUUAAGGUGACCAGUUAUCAAUAGUAACUGGAGGCAGGAGGGACCAUAGAAUUAUAUUUCAUUUAGUUAUUAUAAUUAUAUGACAUGUCUACAUUGCGCAUGAGCAACCGACACAUCACUUUUGAUUUUGUGGAUUAUUUUGAGUCAUUCUGUCAAGGUGGGUGGGCGGUAUUAUCAUUAGUAACUGACGGCUGGAGCGACCAUAUAAUUAUAUAUCAUAUAGUUAUUAUAAUUAUAUGACAUGUCUAUGUUGCGCAUGAGCAACCGAAACAUCGGUUUUGAUUGUGUGGAUUAUUUUGAGUCAUUCUGUUAAGGUGGGGUGUUCUCAUUAGUAACUGGCAGCAGGAGCAACCAUAUAACUAUAUAUUAUAUAGUUAUUAUAUGACACAUCUACGUUGCACAUGAGCAAACGAACAUGUCUGCUUUGACUUUGUGGAUUAUUAUGAGUGUAUUUAUUGAUUUUACGCAAGACGGCGGCUGAGGAGGAAUGAUCGCAUUAAUUCUACAAGACAUCUAUGUUGCACAUGUGCUUGAGCGUGAACAAACACGCACAUUGCCAGCUUUGACUUAGUGACUUAUUUUGAGGCUUUCUAUCACACAAGAUGGGAGAGACGUACAGUACCAGACAAAAGUUUGGAGACACUUCCUCAUUCAAUAACGUGAUGAAGUGUCUCCAAACUUUUGACUGGUAAAAUAUGUGUUGCGCAGCCUGAGUGUUGCCUGACGUGAGUGCGCCAUUCAAUAAAACUGUGCUUGUCCAACAACUAUUUAAAUUUUUAAAAAUGAUAAAUUGAGGUCCUAAUUUUAAAAUCAAGUGUAUUUUAACUGUGAAUUGUACAGAAGGAGGCCACUUUUGUUGACACAUAUCCCUUCUUCUUAACUAUGAAGGAUUUAUUUUCACAUCUAUUUCCAAGUGCAGGAACAGGCGGCUUUUUUUUUUUUUUUUUUUAAAUAUAUAUAUAUAAAAAAACACUGUACAAAAAACUGCAGUCCAACUUCACUCUCUUAAUUUUCUUACUGUCCUGUAAGAAGAAGAGUCGUCGUCACAACAUUGAGGAUCAUUUCUGUAUUUCUAUUGUGCUAACUGUAAAAUACUGUAACAUUGAAAAACAAAAAGAGGGGGUGAAAUGUUCAGUUCCUCUUAUUUUAUUUUUUCCUCCUGAUGACAAAGCAGUAUUGAACAUGAGGCAUUGUGUCCACGGGGGGGGAGCUGGGGGGAGUUGCUUUGUAUCAUGUUAGGGUAGUUUUUUUCCCCCCAUCCUUAAAUGUCUUGUGUAGUUAAAAAAAAAAAAAAACAUUAAAAAAUCUUAUAUGUAUGUUUCUUUACAUUGUAAAAUUUCUUUAGAUUAAACAAUGUUAUCGGGGGGAAACUGCAUUGAUAAUUAAUAAAUGUAUUUUUUUCAGGUUUUUUUCAUCAAGUUGUUUUUUGCCUGUUCCUCCCCCCCCGCCGCUGUUGUAGAUACGUAUUAAAACAAAUAAAA